UCUUGUAUAAACUGGGCCUGACUCAAUGGAAAGAAUCAACAGGACCAGCAGUGUCUCUGAGUUCAUCCUCCUAGGACUGUCCUCCCGACCUGAGGACCAAAAGCCACUCUUUGUCCUCUUCCUCACUGUGUACCUGAUCACCAUAACAGGGAACGUGCUCAUCAUCCUGGCCAUCCGCACCAACCCCCCACUCCAGACCCCCAUGUACUUCUUCUUGAGUUUCCUGUCUUUCACUGACAUUUGCUUCACAACCGCAGUUGUCCCCAAGAUGCUAGAGAAUUUUCUGUCAGAAAAGAAGAUCAUCUCCUAUGCAGGUUGUCUGAUGCAGAUGUAUUUUCUCUAUGCCUUGGGAAAUAGUGACAGCUGUCUUCUGGCAGUCAUGGCCUUCGAUCGCUAUGUGGCCAUCUGUGACCCCUUUCACUAUGUCACCACCAUGAGCCACCGCCGAUGUGUCCUCCUCGUGGCCUUCUCCUGCUCAUUUCCUCACCUCCACUCACUCCUGCACAUCCUUCUGCUGAAUAGUCUCAUCUUCUGCAACUCCAAUGUCAUCCACCAUUUUCUCUGUGACCUUGCCCCUCUGAUGAAAUUGUCCUGCUCCUCCACAUUUAUUAAUGAAAUUGUAUUAAUGAUAGAAGGAUCUAUUGUUUUGGUGACUCCCUUUCUUUGCAUUGCUUUCUCUUAUAUACAAAUUCUCAUCACAGUUCUCAAGAUUCCCUCUGCUUCUGGGAAACGCAAAGCUUUCUCCACCUGUGGUUCUCACCUCACUGUUGUAACACUCUUUUAUGGAAGCAUCUUCUAUGUCUAUUUACAGCCCCUGUCCACCUAUUCUAUCAAGGACCACAUGGCAACAAUUGUUUACACAGUUCUGUCCUCCAUGCUAAAUCCUUUUAUCUACAGCCUGAGAAACAAAGACCUGAAGCAGGGCCUGAAGAAGCUCAUGAGAAGGAGAUCCUAG